UUAUAUUAACGCCUACUUGUCACUUCCGGAAAGAAAAAGUAGAAUGAAUCGGUAUAAUUCAAGAAUUUUCCCUGUUUUUCUUCUUUUCAUAAGUAAGGUUCUUACAGAAAUAGUUGAAUCAGAAACAGGAGAUGUGUUCAAAAUUGAAGGUCGGGUUGAAGUGGUUUCAGCAACGGAAAAGGACUGGAUAGCAAAUACCCAAGUUGUGGUCGACGGAGGGGACUAUGUUGCUCAUUUGAGAGGCGACGGAAGUUUUGUGCUGAAUGGUCUCCCAUCAGGUACCUAUGUUGUAGAAGUUCUAAACCCUACAUAUCUCUUUGAAGCCACAAGAGUGGAUAUUACCUCCAAAGGAAAGAUGCGGGCAAGGAGAGUAAACUAUUUACAACCAUCUGUAGUCAAAACAAUGCAUUAUCCAUUGGAAUUUAGAGAUAGGAGGAAGGCAAAUUAUUUCCAGAAGAGAGAGCAAUGGAAAAUUACAGAUUUUCUGAUGAAUCCAAUGGUGUUGACAAUGGUAUUGCCGUUGGUGUUGAUAAUGAUUUUACCCAAAAUGAUGAAUGCUGCGGAUCCAGAGGCACAAAAGGAGAUGCAGUCUCAGAUGAAAGCUUUGAAUGAUAAAUCCAGUUUACCCGAUAUGUCAGAAAUGUUGGCCGGCUGGCUAGGGGGUGGUAGUUCAUCAAAAUCGGGCUCCAAACAGAAACAGAGAAGAUAGCAGUGCAAUAUUUUAUGUGUGUUUUUAAUGUGAAGUCCAUUCUGUGUAACUGUGUUGUUUUUAUAUCAGUGUUCAAUUCCUUUUGAAGAAUAAGAGAGUGGUUUUGAUGGAGUUUUGGCUUGUGUUUGAAAAUCAGUUUUAGACCUUGAUAUAAUUGAUAUCAAGUCAAAUAGAAACAAAUACGGUAUGGUGAAUUCUAAGUGUUAUUUUAUGAACAUGAGAAAAGAAAGAUUAGGUCUCAUUUUUUAACAUUUGACAUUUCAAUUAAAGGAUUUCCAUUCACCUUAAACAUUGUUUUCUGUAGGCUUUAAAAGUUAAGAUUUUGUUUCAUUUUUAGCUCGACUAUUCGAAGAAUAAGUAGAGCUAUCCUACUCAUCACGGCGUCGGUGUUGGCGUCGGUGUCACACAUUGGUUAAGUUUUUCGUACCAGUCCACAUUUUGACAAAGUCUUUUGAGAUAAAGCUUUGAAACUUUCAACACUUGUUCACCAUCAUCAUGGCCAGUUAUAGGCAAGAGAACAUAACUCCAUCAAGGAUUUUGGCUGAAUUAUGGCCCCUUUUGACUUAGAAAUCAUGGUUAAGUUUUUCGUACCAGUUCAUAUUUUGACAAAGUCUUUAAAGAUAAAGCUUUGAAACUUUCAACACUUGUUUACCAUCACCAUGGCCAGUUAUAGGCAAAAGUACAUAACUCCAUCAGGGAUUUUGGGCUGAAUUAUGGCCCUUUUUGACUUAGAAAUUUUGGUUAAGUUUUUCGAAACCAGUUCAUAUUUAGACAAAGUCUUUUGAGAUAAAGCUUUGAAACUUUCAACACUUGUUUACCAUCACCAUGUCCAGUUAUAGGCAAGAGCACAUAGCUCCAUCAAGGAUUUUGGCUGAAUUAUGGCCCUUUUGACUUAGAAAUCUGGGUUAAUAUUUCGUACCAGUUCAUAUUUUGACAAAGUCUUUUGAGAUAAAGCUUUGAAACUUUCAACACCUGUUUACCAUCACCAUGUCCAGUUAUAGGCAAGAGUACAUAACUCCAUCAAGGAUUUUGGCUGAAUUAUGGCCCCUUUUGACUUAGAAAUCUUGGUUAAGUUUUUCGUACCAGUUCAUAUUUUUUGUAAAGUGUUUGACAUAUGGCUUUGAAACUUUUAUCACUUGUUUAGUAUAAUAGUCUUUAUCUGUAGGAAAGAGAACAUAACUCUGUCAUCUAUUUUGGCUGAAUUAUGGCCCUUUUUGGACUUUGAAAUUGGUUCUGUUUUCAUACAAGUCCAUGUUUUGUCAAAACUAUUUGACAUGUGGCUUUUAAACUUUGAACACUUGUUUAUCAUUAUGAUUUCCAUCUGUAGGCAAGAGUACAUAACUAUUUUGACUGAAUUAUGGCCCUUUUUGGACUUUGAAAUUGGCUCAUAUAUUGCCAUUUAGUGCAAGACUUAUCGAAAUCAAAGUAAUACAGGAACAUUGUUUGUCUAAUCUAUUUAUUUCUUUUGCCUGAAUAUCCGUGGAAAUAUUUUGACCCCAUUCUUCAAUCAAUUCUUCGAAUAGUCGAGCGCGCUGUCAUCAGACAGCUCUUGUUCAAUCUGUUGAUGAACUUGAUGUUACAUUUUAUAAAAUCUUUGAAUUAUUCCAAGUUUGAAUUAUAUUUUGAAUAUGAAAUUAUGAAGUUGAACGGUUACUGCAAAAACAAAUAAUGUAAAGGAUGUUGGUUUAAACAUGUUAUUCAUCUAUAUACAGCUACAUGAAACAAAUAUUGUACACAACAAAAAUAAGUAGGAUUAAGCUGAAAGCAAAGGUUGUUGAAAAUGGAAAUAAAUGAUUUUGUAGCUUGGUCACACUGGCUCAAAGCUGUUUGGAGUCACUUUCAGUGCAAAAUUAAUUAAUUAGAUUUUUACCUGAUGUUAUAGAUAAAAUAGUCACGUUCUAAGAGUAAGCUAAGUUCGUGAAAUCUUAGCAAAUGGCUCAGUUGGCGGAUGGCAGUGCGAGCCAGUGUGUAGCCAAAGAAAUUGUUUCUGCAAAAUAAUAGAAUGAAAAUGUGUAAAGCUUUUUAAUAUUCACUUGCAUUUUUAGCUCGACUAUUCGAAGAAUAGUCUAGCUAUUCUACUCACCCUGGCGUCGGCGUCGGCGUCGGCAUCACACCUUGGUUAAGUUUUUGCAUGCAAGUACAUACAGCCAUCAAUUAAAGGCAUAUAGCUUUGAAACUUAUUUUUUCUUUUUCUAGGUCAAUUACCAACCUCUCUGGGUCAAGUCCCAUAACUCUGACAUGUAUUUUGAGCAAAUUAUGCCCCCUUUUGGACUUAGAAAAUUUUGGUUAAAGUUUUACAUGCAAGUUACUAUCUCCAAAACUAAUGCAGAUAUUGAUUUGAAACUUCACAUGUGUCUUCGGGGUUAUAAAACUAGUUGAUAGCAGCAAGUCCCAUAACUCUGACUUUCAUUUUGGCCAAAUUAUGCCCCCUUUUGGACUUGGAAAAUUCUGGUUAAAGUUUUGCGUGCAAGUACAUACAGCUAUUUCUAAAAGGCAUAUAGAUUGAAACUUUUUUUUCUUUUUCUAGAUCAAUUACCAACCUCACUGGGUCAAGACCCAUAACUCUGACAUGUAUUUUGAGCAAAUUAUGCCCCCUUUUAGACUUAGAAAAUUUUGGUUAAAGUUUUACAUGCAAGUUACUAUCUCCAAAACUAAUGCAGAUAUUGAUUUGAAACUUAACAUGUGUCUUUGGGGUUAUAAAACUAGUUGAUAGCAGCAAGUCCCAUAACUCUGACCUUCAUUUUGGCCAAAUUAUGCCCCCUUUUAGACUUAGAAAAUUCUGGUUAAUGUUUUGCGUGCAAGUACAUACAGCUAUUUCUAAAAGGCAUAUAGAUUUGAAACUUAUUUUUUCUUUUUCUAGAUCAAUUACCAACCUCACUGGGUCAAGUCCCAUAACUCUGACAUGUUUUUUGAGCAAAUUAUGCCCCCUUUUAGACUUAGAAAAUUUUGGUUAAAGUUUUACAUGCAAGUUAUUAUCUCCAAAACUAAUGCAGAUAUUGAUUUGAAACUUCACAUGUGUCUUCGGGGUUAUAAAACUAGUUGAUAGCAGCAAGUCCCAUAACUCUGACCUUCAUUUUGGCCAAAUUAUGUCCCCUUUUGGACUUAGCAAAUUCUGGUUAAAGUUUUGCGUGCAAGUACAUACAGCUAUUACUAAAAGGCAUAUAGAUUUGAAACUUAUUUUUAGCCCACCAUCAUCAGAUGGUGGGCUAUUAAAAUCACUCUGCGUCCGUGGUCCGUCCGUCCGUCAUUCCGUCCGUCCGUCCGUCCGUCCGUCCGUUAACAAUUUCUCGUUAUCGCAUCUCCUCAGAAACUACUGGGGGGAUUUUGACCAAACUUUGUCAGAAUGAUGUAUUGGUACCCUAGUUGUGUCCCCCUGAAAAUCAGACUGGUUCAACAAUUUAUGAGUGAGUUAUGGCCCUUUGUUUAUUUCUAUAAUUUACAUAGAUUUAUAUAGGGAAAAACUUUGAAAACCUUCUUGUCCAAAACCACAGAGCCUAGGGCUUUGAUAUUUGGUAUGAAAUAUUAUCUAGUGGUCCUCUACCAAGAUGAUUCAAAUUAUUUCUCUGGGGUCAAAUAUGGCCCCGCCCUGGGGGUCACAUGGUUUAUAUAGACUUGUAUAGAGAAAACCUUUGAAAAACCUCUUGUCCAAAACUACAGGGCCUAGGGCUUUGAUAUUUUGUAUGUGACAUCAUCUAGUGGUCUUCAACUAAGAUUAUUCAAAUUAUACCCCUAGGGUCAAAUAUGGCCCCACCCUGGGGGUCAUAUGGUUUACAUAGACUUAUAUAGGGAAAAACUUUGAAAAUCUUCUUGUCAAACCACAAAGCCUAGGGCUUUGAUACUUGUAAUGUAGCAUCAUCUAGUGGUUCUCUACCAAGUUUGUUCGAAUUAUCCCCCUAGGGUCAAAUAUGGCCCCGCCCCAGGGGUCACAUGGUUCAUAUAGACUUAUAUAGGGAAAAGCUUUUAAAAUCUUCUUGUCAAUAACUACAACAUUCAAAUUUGGACAUGUAUAUUUUUGAGUGGCAAGAUGAACCUUGACAUGAGUUGACCUUGAUUUUGACCUAGUGACCUACUUUCACAUUUCUGUAGCUACAGUCUUCAUAUUUGGACCACAUGCAUAGUUUUGUGCACUUGAAAAAACUUUGACCUUGAUUUUGACCUAGUGACCUACUUUCACAUUUUUGAAGGUACAGGUAUCAAAUUUGGACCAUAUGCAUAGUUCCGUGUUUCAAAAUGAAAUUUGACAUUGAUUUUGACCUAGUGACCUACUUUCACAUUUUUGAAGGUACAGUCUUCAAAUUUGGACCACAUGCAUAGUUUUGUGUUCCGAAAUGAAAUUUGACCUUGAUUUUGACCCAGUGACCUACUUUCCCAUUUCUCAAGCUACAGCCUUCAAAUUUGGACCACAUACAUGGUUUUAUGUACCGAAACAAACUUUGACCUUUACAUUGACCUAGUGACCUACUUUCACAUUUUUGAAGGUACAAGCUUCAAAUUUGGACCACAUGCAUAGUUCUGUAUUCUGAAAUAAAAUUUGACCUUGAUUUUGACCUAGUGACCUACUUUCACAUUUCUCAAGCUACAGCCUUCAAUUCGGACCACAUGCAUAGUUUUGUGUACCGAAAUGAGCUUUGACCUUAAGAUUGACCUAGUGACCUACUUUCACAUUUCUGUAGCUACAGGCUUCAAAUUUAGACCACAUGCAUAGGAUUGUGUACCGAAACAAACUUUGACCUUGACAUUGACCUAGUGACCUACUUUCACAUUUUUGAAGGUACAGGCUUCAAAUUUGGACCACAUGCAUAGAUUUGUGUUCUGAAGUGAAAUUUGACCCUUGAUUUUGACCUAGUGACCUACUUACACAUUUCUCAAGCUAAGCCUUCAAAUUUGGACCACUUGCAUAGUUUUGUGUACCAAAUUAAACUUUGACCUUAAGAUUGAUCUAGUGACCUACUUUCACAUUUCUCAAGCUACAGCUUUCGAAUUUGGACCACGGAAAUGAAAUUUGACCUUGAGCUAGUCAGUAAGUCUUGAAAUUUGGAACACUCCAAAAUGGCACAUUGGUGGGCGCCAAGAUCACUCUGUGAUCUCUUGUUUCUUUUUCUAGAUCAAUUACUAACCUCACUGGAUCAAGUCCCAUAACUCUGGCAUGUAUUAUGGGCAAAUUAUGCCCCCUUUUGGACUUUGAAAAUUCUGGUUAAAGUUUUACAUGCAAGUUUUUAUCUCCAAAACUAAUGCAGAUAUUGAUUUGAAACUUCACAUGUGCCUUCGGCGUUAUAAAACUAGUUGAUAGCAGCAAGUCUCAUAACUGAUAUGCAUUUUGGUCAAAUUAUUCCCCCUUUUGAACUUAAAACUCUUUUGAUAUUUAACCUUUUUGGGUAAUAUUUUCCUGCUUCUGGGACAAUAUUUCGAAUAGUCGAGCUUGGCUGUCUUACGGACAGCUCUUGUUGUAUAUUAUGUCAUAUUGUGAUAUUUAAACAGAGAGUCUUAUGUGAGAAUAUAUGCAUUUUUUGGAAGAUGAUAUUUACUUUGUCAAGCAAAUGCAGCAUGUAUGCAGACUCGGGUCAAAUUGUUUUCAGAUUGAUACAAGAUUCGCUAUAGCUUAUACAUCAAGCAGUUAACCUAGAGGAUCAUUGAGCAAGGUACCACUACAUUAAGAAGUUGUUUGGUUCAAACAAAGUGGGGUCAAAUGGCCUUUCAGAUGAUACCAUCAUGUAAUUCAGUUGUUUCUUUGAUAGUGACCAUUUUUCUGGCACUAAUUCUUUCCAAUUCUUUUGAUAUUUUUACUCACUUAUCAGAUGAUUGUAUAUAUUGUAAAAUGUAUUAUUAUUUUGUUUCCUUUAAAGUCAGAAGAACGUUUGAACAGUACUUGAUUAAGAUGAAAUUCAGUGCUGGGGUGAAGCUUUUAAAGUACGUGCAAAGUUGUAAAUUGUAAUGUUUUUACUAUUUAGAUAAAUAUAGGAAUUUUUUAAUUACUUCAAUUUAUGAAUUGUAACAAAACACACUUAAUUGAAGUUUAACAAUGUCUUCUUUGUUUUUUGCUCAAUUUGCUAGUUUCCUGAUGUCAUUCUAAUGGGAAGGUAGGGAAUAAGGUGAGUUCUUAAUAUUGAAUAAGAGUAGUUUCCCUUGCAUUGAUAGUCUGUAAGUUGUUUUUACAUAUAUUGAACAUGUUUUAAAUGUCACAUGAAAAAAAAAGAAAAGAAAUUCAUAUAAUAAAAAAUAUUCCAAAAUUA